AUGAAGCUGGUGUGGUGCCCGGACACGGCCUCCAAGGCCUACAUCGAGACCGUCCGGUUGCUGGCCGGCGGGGGCGAGGGGGAACGGGAUCUCCCAGACGAGUCCAACGUGGCGGAGCUCGUCUCCGCCAUGGUCGGCGGGUGGAGAGCUCAGACCAUCGUUGAGGCCUGGUCUCCGGGGCCCGAAGCCGUUGCGACGAGCCUCGGCCUGGCGGCGGCCGCGCGGCACACGCGCGGGCGGCACGUCUGCGUGGUGCCCGACGAGCGCGCUAGAUCGGCGUACGCCGAGGCCAUGAGGGCGGCGGCGAGGGAGCAGCAGGAGGAGGAGGGGGAUUGGGUACCCGAGACGGAGGUCGCCGUCGGGGAGGCGGAGGAGGUGAUGGGGAGGAUCCCCGGAGUGGACUUCGUGGUAGUGGAUUGGCGGCGGAGGGACUCGGCGAAGAUCCUCCGCUCGGCGCGGCUGGGCGCCCGGGGGGCCGUGCUGGUAUGCCUCGGCGGCAGCCAUAGGCCCUCAGACUGCGGCGGAGGUGGCGGCGGCACCGCGCGGUGGCGCGGCAUGCUCAUGGCUGGGUCGCGCGUGGUGAGAUCUGCGCUCCUACCAAUCGGCGGCGGCGUGGAGGUCGUUCACGUCGGGGUCGGGCGGGGCCCCAGCCUGGGAGGGAACUGCAGCCGGUGGAUCAAGCACGUCGAUCGCGACACCGGGGAGGAGCACGUGUUCCGCCGCUGA